CAGCCUCCGGCAGCAAAGAAAGUGCUUUCGUCAAUUAUCUGAUACAAACAACUUGAAAGCCAACAUGAAGGUCCUGGCUCUUUCCUUUAUCAUCGUUCUUGCCACUGCGCUCGUAUGCACGGCGGCUGCUCAGGACGGUGAAGGUGAAGGAGGCGUGGCGCACGUGAGAGUUCGCCGGGGCUUUGGCUGCCCAUUAAACCAGAGAGGCUGCCACCUUCACUGCCGUAGCAUUGGGCGCCGUGGAGGCUACUGUGCCGGCGUCAUCAGGCAGACUUGCACCUGUUACCACAGAUAGGCCGCUUAUGAGCAGCUGUUCUUCGGCCAUCUAUAAUCGCGCCACCUCCAACCCUAAGACGGAUCGAAUGUUUCUAUGCCCGCACUCUUUCGAAAUAUUACUGUUAGACUAUGCGUAACAAUAUGGCGUAUAACGUUUUUGUUGCAUAACCGUACAAUUUACAUCGCAGAACAUGCAAAUCAGCGGCAUGCAACAUGCUGCAUAUUGCUUCAAUAAAAAAAAAUCCUGUAUGAGUGCACCUUGUGCAG